AGCAGCGUGUGUUUCUCCCUUGCCUCUGCGGCGGCGGAGGCCUGGCGAUGCCCAAGAACGCAGUGGUCAUCCUGCGCUAUGGGCCCUACAGCGCGGCAGGCCUACCGGUGGAGCACCACACCUUCCGCCUGCGGGGCCUGCAAGCUGUGUUGGCCAUAGAUGGACAUGAGGUCAUCCUAGAGAAGAUAGAAGACUGGAAUGUGGUGGAACUCAUGGUGAAUGAAGAAGUCGUCUUCCACUGCAACAUUAAGGACUUGGAGUUCGGAGGCGAUGGUAAACUAGACCCACUGUGUGAAAAGGCCAGGAUAGCCGUGCUGAAUGCCUACUGAUCUCCUCAUGGAACAGGCAUCUCAAGUCGGCACAAUAGCAGCUGCCCCAGCCAUUCUAUGAUGCAGGCAGAAGUGGCUGUGCCACAGUGUGGACACUGGGCUCUGCUAGUCAGAACAGGGCAACUCGGGCCUGACCUCCAGCUUAUGCAGCCUCAGGAUUGUCACCUGGCUGCACAGGAGCCCACAGAAAUAAUAAAAACCACAUCAUUUAUAA